AUGACGAAGGCGCCGUCCUUCGUACGACCGGAAGAGGUCCUUGAGGAUGUUCAGGAUAUUCUAGGCGAGCGCGGCGACAAUGGCGAUCACAACGAUGUUAAAGUGGCAUUGGAGCGUCGAAUCCGCCUGAAGGUCGACUUGCGACUUUGCAGCAUUGCGGGGAUUCUCUGUUCGCUAAAUCUUUUAGAUAGCGGCGUCAUCUCCAGUGCAUCCGUCACCUCCAUGUUGUCGGACCUGGGCCUAGAUCAAGGCAAUCGAUACUCCGUCGCCAUCUUCAUAUUCACAAUCGCGUCCAUCGCGUUCCAACUGCCAUCGACCGUGGCCGUUCGUACCUUUGGACCGCGCAUCUGGUUCUCGGCCAUCACCAUCUCAUUUGGCAUCAUCACGCUCUGCACUGCCUUCGUGCGGACGUGGAGACAGAUGAUCGCCCUCCGCAUCCUUCUCGGCAUCUCCAUGGCAGGCGUAUAUCCAGGCCUGACUUAUCUUAUCUCCACGUGGUACACCCGCAAGGAGCAGCAACUUCGAUUCGCCCUGCUACAGAGUGGGGAGGUCAUAGUCCUCGCGACUGGGGGCAUUGUCAACUUUGGUCUCAACCAGCUCGAUGGCUACAACGGCCUGCGAGGGUGGCAAUGGAUGUUCGUAGUCCAAGGCGGCGUCGCCGCCUUCAUUGGCAUAAUCACGUAUUGGUGGAUGGUGGACUUCCCCGAGAAUGCCCACGAGAGCUUCCUGUUCCUGUCCCCCGAGGAGAGCAGGAUGGCAGCCACGCGGAUCGAAAAGGAUCGUGGCGAUGUCGAACCAUCGUCUUUCAGUUGGCCCGCGAUCCUGCGGCACGCCAAAGAUCCCAAGGUCUACGGUUUCUGCACAAUGUACUUCCUUCAAAAUCUCGUCUCAACCAGUCUGUCUUAUUUCCUCCCCAUCAUCCUCCAAGGGGGUAUGCGCUUCUCGCCCGAUAAGUCCAUCCUUCUCUCCACGCCGCCGUACUACUACGCCGUCGUGCCUGCUAUCCUAUCCUCGUUGAUUGGCGACCAUCUCCAGUUGCGCGGUCCCAUCAUCGUUUUCAAUUGCGCCACCCUCAUCGUCGGCUUCUGCAUGCUCGGGUUCGCCGAUCAAGUCAGCGUCCGAUACAUCGGUACUUUCCUGGCUACGGGCGCCUACGUCGCCAACUGGGCAGCGUUGGCAACCUAUCAAGCCAACAACAUCGUUGGCCAGUGGAAGAGGGUCUUUGUUGCUGCCGCAGUGACUGCAUGUAAUGGAGCCGGAGGCAUUGCCGGCAGCUUCAUCGUGAGGAGGCAGGAAGCGCCCAAGUAUCUAACGGCUGUUUGGAUAAGCAUUGGCUCGCACAUUUUGAUCGUAGCCUGUGUCGCCGCGUUCUCACUGCAUUUCUAUGCUGCCAAUCAGUUACAGAAGCAAGGCAAGAAGAUGAUUGAAGGCACGGAGGGAUUUCGUUUCACAUACUAG